AUGUCAGCGGCUGCUGCUGCAUACAGUCGACUGCUGGAGAACUUCAUGUCCCCGGACUUCGAUGUGGCUGAGUUUGUACGAGAGAUGGUAGCUAACGCGGAGAGCAAAGGAAGUGCUACUCCUCGAAGAAGGAGCCAGUCAGCAGGUGGUGGAGCUGUUGGGGUGGGUACGGCAGUGAUAGCCCAGCUGGACCAAGCUAUAUUCACGGUAGAUGAGCAGCUUCGUAGUAAAGUGGCAGAUUGCUACGAUCAGCUCUUGCUCAACGACACGACGGAUCUGGACCGGGUGGACGGCGAGCUUAGGCAAGUCCGGGAGUCUGUCGCUGUACUGAGAGCCACGCUGGACAAUGUACAGACUGAGGCAUUGGCUCCGUUCAAAGUCAUAAAGAGAAGGUUGGACACGCUGGAGAGAGCCCAAAAGGCAGCAGCUCUAGUGAGAAGUACUCAGAAGUUGCUCCUGGGAGUCCGGAAACUGAGGAUGCAAAUGCAAGCGGCUAACGCGGAAAGUGCAUCAGCAUUUGAUGGUCGGCCGAGCCUUGGGCCGCAUUCUGCCAAAGCUGCUAUCCUAGCUUAUGGGCUCCAGAUGUGUAGGACUUCUGUGGGAGGCCCUCGACAGUUGACGGUCGGCUUUUGCUCCCAGGCUUUGAUGGUCGGCUUGAAGCCCGACUUUGGCUCACCUGUGAAACAGCGGGCCGUUUUAAUGUCUGCUGUGCAAGUCCUCUUCGAGCUCGGCUGCCUCCCUACGGAAGGUAGAGCGUGUGCUGCUGCAGUGGUAUCGAAUGUGGACGCGUUCGCCCUGCAGGUGCCGGAAGAGAACUCUGCUCAAGGAGAUAUAGUCAACUUGGAGCAGUUUUGGAGAGUAGCUGAAAAACUGGGCGAGGCCAUUGUACUUUUUGGGAGGCCCGUCGAGAUGCUCGAUGAACUGGUACGGCUCGGCGUUGACCCACUUACGCAGAAGCCCUUCAUGUCGUCAUUCCAAGAGGCCGAGGCUGAGCCUAUCUCACGAGCUGCAUGGGAAGCUGUUGCCGAUGGACUUGCAGUUAAACGCCUGAAGCAUGCCCACACGACGAAUCGGAAUCUGCGAGCGGGGAAGGCAAGUCAUCUCAGUGUUCUCUCGUCGAUCCAAUGA